AUGGCACAAGCAUGGCUGGAUGGCGAGACCAUGAUUGCAAAUAUGUCUGUCAAAUACUCGAGACUUGACACCUCGAAGAUCACAAUCGAAGAAGUCAACAAUGACAUUGAGGUGAUGGCAGCCCAUUGGAGCGUGCGACUAGGAGCUCAGAUGAGAAGAUAUGCAGCACUCAACCGCAGCAUGGCUGAGGCUGAUCACAUUUGUCGAUCAGUCGCAGUUGGCUCCGAUGAUGGAAAUGAAAACGGGGUUGUGAUUCCCAAAGAUUUCUAUUUGCUGCCUCGCCUCAGUCAGACGAUCCAGAACAUGACCCAAGAUGCCGACUUCAUGUACAAACUAUUCGACCCCGUUUGCAAUGAUAUCUUGGAAGCGAUUGAAUUCUGGAAGAAGUCAACAUCACAGAAGCAGAGUGUUGUCAUGGCCAAGAUACAGGCUUUGAGUAUCGCGUGCCUUCUUUCAAGAUCAGACACCGAUCAUCGGGUCCAAUUUGACCCGUUCAUUGGAUUUUCACAGAUGCGGACCCAGACCUACGACGUCAAACAAAUCAAGCUCACUGCUGGCAUUGCGAACAAUUUCAGAGCCGCACCCAACACACCAAAUGCUCUCUCAUGCUUUUGCAUCAAGCAAUGUGGCAACUGUGGCGACCAAUCUAAGCCAUGGCUUUCCACCUGUUCGACACAAGAUUGA